AUGGGUAACAGAGGCUUUCAGCAGGGGAGUUUCAAUAGCUUCCGGAGCAGCUCCAGUGAUGAAGACUUGAUGGACAUACCAGGGACAGCUAUGGAUUUUUCCAUGAGAGAUGAUGUUCCUCCCUUAGAUGGGGAAAUAGAAGAGGAAAAGUCAUACAAUGGUGGAGGAAUAGGUUCUUCAAAUAGGAUGAUGGACUUCUUGGAGGAGCCAAUCCCUGGUGUGGGGACCUAUGAUGAUUUCAAUACAAUUGACUGGGUGAGGGAGAAGUCUCGAGACCGGGAUAGGCACCGAGAGAUUACCAAUAAAAGCAAAGAGUCAACAUGGGCCUUAAUUCACAGUGUGAGUGAUGCUUUUUCUGGCUGGUUGUUGAUGCUACUUAUUGGGCUCUUAUCAGGCUCCUUAGCUGGCUUGAUAGACAUUUCUGCUCAUUGGAUGACAGACUUAAAAGAAGGCAUAUGCACAGAGGGAUUCUGGUUUAACCAUGAACACUGUUGCUGGAACUCUGAGCACGUCACCUUCGAAGACAGAGACAAAUGCCCUGAGUGGAAUAGCUGGUCCCAGCUUCUCAUCAGCACAGAUGAGGGAGCCUUUGCUUACAUAGUCAAUUAUUUCAUGUACGUCCUCUGGGCUCUCCUAUUUGCCUUCCUUGCCGUGUCUCUUGUCAAGGUAUUUGCGCCUUAUGCCUGUGGCUCUGGAAUUCCUGAGAUAAAAACUAUCUUGAGCGGUUUUAUUAUUAGGGGCUAUUUGGGUAAGUGGACCCUGAUUAUCAAAACCAUCACGUUGGUGCUGGCCGUGUCAUCAGGCUUGAGCCUGGGCAAAGAGGGCCCCCUAGUGCACGUGGCUUGCUGCUGUGGGAACAUCCUGUGCCACUGCUUCAACAAAUACAGGAAGAAUGAGGCCAAGCGCAGAGAGGUCUUGUCGGCUGCAGCAGCAGCUGGUGUAUCCGUAGCCUUUGGGGCACCGAUCGGUGGAGUGUUAUUCAGCCUAGAAGAGGUCAGCUACUAUUUCCCCCUCAAAACGUUGUGGCGUUCAUUCUUUGCUGCCUUGGUGGCAGCAUUUACUCUACGUUCCAUCAAUCCAUUUGGAAACAGCCGACUGGUUCUGUUUUAUGUGGAGUUUCACACCCCAUGGCAUCUCUUUGAGCUUGUGCCGUUCAUUCUGCUGGGUAUAUUUGGUGGUCUGUGGGGUGCUUUGUUUAUCCGCACCAACAUCGCCUGGUGUCGGAAGCGUAAGACCACUCAGUUGGGCAAGUAUCCUGUCAUAGAGGUACUUGUUGUGACAGCCAUCACUGCUAUCCUGGCUUUCCCCAAUGAAUACACCCGCAUGAGCACAAGUGAGCUCAUUUCUGAGCUGUUUAAUGACUGUGGCCUUCUGGAUUCCUCCAAGCUUUGUGACUAUGAGAACCGUUUCAACACAAGCAAGGGGGGUGAACUGCCCGACAGACCGGCUGGUGUGGGAGUCUACAGUGCCAUGUGGCAGCUGGCCUUGACACUCAUACUGAAAAUUGUCAUCACUAUAUUCACCUUUGGCAUGAAGAUCCCAUCUGGCCUGUUUAUCCCCAGCAUGGCUGUUGGUGCUAUAGCAGGCCGACUUUUAGGAGUAGGAAUGGAGCAGCUGGCUUAUUACCACCAUGACUGGGCCAUCUUUAAUAGCUGGUGUAGUCAAGGAGCAGAUUGUAUCACCCCUGGACUUUAUGCGAUGGUUGGGGCUGCAGCCUGCUUAGGUGGGGUGACUCGGAUGACUGUUUCUCUCGUUGUCAUAAUGUUUGAACUAACUGGUGGCUUGGAGUACAUUGUGCCUCUGAUGGCUGCAGCCAUGACAAGCAAGUGGGUGGCAGAUGCUCUGGGGCGGGAGGGCAUCUAUGAUGCCCACAUUCGUCUCAAUGGUUACCCCUUUCUUGAAGCCAAAGAAGAGUUUGCUCAUAAGACUCUGGCAAUGGAUGUGAUGAAACCCCGUAGAAAUGAUCCUUUAUUGACUGUCCUUACUCAGGACAGCAUGACCGUGGAAGAUGUAGAGACUAUCAUCAGUGAAACCACUUAUAGUGGCUUCCCAGUGGUGGUGUCCCGGGAAUCCCAAAGACUUGUGGGUUUCGUUCUCCGAAGAGAUCUCAUCAUUUCAAUCGAAAAUGCUCGCAAAAAACAGGAUGGAGUUGUGAGCACUUCCAUCAUUUAUUUCACUGAGCAUUCUCCUCCGAUGCCACCAUACACACCACCCACCCUAAAGCUUCGGAACAUCCUGGAUCUCAGCCCCUUCACUGUGACUGACCUUACACCCAUGGAGAUUGUAGUGGAUAUCUUCCGCAAGCUGGGGCUGCGGCAGUGCCUGGUUACGCACAAUGGGCGAUUGCUUGGAAUCAUUACCAAAAAGGAUGUGCUAAAGCAUAUAGCACAGAUGGCGAACCAAGAUCCUGACUCCAUUCUCUUCAACUAG